GGGGCGCAUGCGUGGUGCCUGCCGCUCUAUCGCCCCGCCGCUCUACCGCCCCGCUGCCGCCUCGGGUCCAGCCCGGUCUCUUCUUGGGCCGCCAUGGGCGGCAGGAUUGAGUGCGUCUUCUUCAGCGAAUUCCACCCCACGCUGGGGCCCAAGAUCACCUACCAGGUGCCGGAGGAUUUCAUCUCUCGGGAGCUCUUUGACACCAUCCAGGUGUAUGUCAUCACGAAGCCCGAGCUACAGAACAAACUGAUCACCGUGACGGCCAUGGAGAAGAAACUGAUCGGCUGCCCCGUGUGUAUCGAGCACAAGAAGUACAGCCGAAAUGCUCUUCUUUUCAACCUGGGCUUCGUGUGCGAUGCUAGAGCCAAGGCCUGUGCGCUGGAGCCCAUAGUGAAGAAGCUGGCCGGCUACCUCACCACCCUUGAGCUGGAAAGUGGCUUUAUCUCCAACGAGGAGAGUAAACAGAAGCUGGUUCCCAUUAUGACCAUCCUUCUGGAGGAGCUGAACGCCAAAGGAAAGUGCACCCUGCCCAUAGAUGAGUCGAACACCAUCCACCUGAAGGUGAUCGAGCAGCGCCCAGACCCCCCCAUCGUGCAGGAGUACGAUGUCCCUGUCUUUACCCAAGACAAGGAUGACUUCUUCAACUCCCAGUGGGAUCUCACCACGCAGCAGAUCCUGCCCUACAUUGAUGGUUUUCGGCACGUCCAGAAGAUUUCUGCAGAAGCUGAUGUGGAGCUGAACUUGGUGCGCAUUGCUGUGCAAAACCUGCUGUACUAUGGGGUUGUCACACUCGUCUCCAUACUCCAGUACUCCAACGUCUACUGUACCACACCAAAGGUCCAGGACUUGGUGGAUGACAAGUGUCUCCAGGAGGAGUGUCUGUCCUAUGUCACCAAACAAGGGCACAAGCGAGCCAGCCUCAGAGACGUCUUCCAGCUGUACUGUGGGCUGAGCCCUGGCACGACAGUGCGAGACCUCAUCUCCCGCUACACCCUGCAGCUCCAGAGGGUGGAUGAGAGGAGGCUUAUCCAGUUUGGUUUGAUGAAGGGUCUUAUCCGGCGGCUUCAGAAAUACCCUGUCAAGGUCGCCCGGGAUGAGCGGAGCCACCCAGCUCGGCUGUACACAGGCUGCCACAGCUAUGAUGAGAUCUGCUGCAAGACCGGCAUGAGUUACAAGGAACUGGAUGAGCGCCUGGAGAACGACCCCAACAUCAUCGUGUGCUGGAAGUGACGGCAGGGAUGGCAGCCGGGGCCCGCCCCGGGGCUCAGAUGGCUUUCGCAGCACGAGUGUGUGGAGAAGCUCAACAUGCACGCCAUCCUGAGUGCCUCCAUGGGUCAGGAGCAGCUCCUCACUGAGCUGCUGGUCACCUACGCCAAGGUGAGCCUCCUUGGGUGCAGUAGUGAUGCCCAUGCCAGGCCUUCAGCCUCGAGCUAGGGUUGUCUAAUGGACAGUGUGUAAUUUUUGGAAUAAACCGGUGAAGAAUCUGUUUCCGGGAAAGACUUUUGACUGCUGGUUUGCCAGUUUUGCUUUUUAAAAAUAUUAAAGGUCAAGCUGUGGUAUUUCUA